CAAAUUUGUUGGACGCGGACAAGCAAACACACAGAGAUAAUGUCGAAUUUGUAUAUAAAUUCAGCAAAUUAGUCGACUUAUCCCACAGGAAUAGCGCCUACAAAUAAUUAUCAGUUCCGUUUCGGCGCGAGUGAUUGGUACGGCUGCGCUUUUAGUUAAUUGCGCAUUUUGUUAUUGUUUUAAUGCGUUUCACUCAUCAAAGUGGGCGGCACUCGCAUCAAAUGAUACGGACACCGGCUGAAUUGGCCUCCUAAGGCUGGGAAUACCGCUUCCAGAAACGCGCUUCGAUAGUUUGCAACAAAACGGAAAAAAUUAAAACGCAACAGGCAACAACGCGAACCGAACGCGUCUUUUGCGCUUGAAAAGGGCAUUCGGGAAGGCAGGAAAAUUCAAGCCAAUAAAAGAUACAUACAAGAAAAAAUGCAAAGAGUGCGCGAAAAUUGAAUGCGUGUGCGAGCGUGCUAGUGUGUGUGUGUGUGUGUGUGUGCAACCAUAAAACAAACAAAUAAAAGUAGUGUGAAAAAUAAUUUGUGUGUUGUUUAAACAAUUAGCCGCAAAAACGGUCGCAUCGCAUCGCGUCGCGUCUCUUUCUGUCUGUGUGUGUGUGUUUCUGUGUUUGUGUAUCCCUGGAAUGCGGCAGUCGGCGGCGCAUGCGCAAAUAUUUGUGAUUUGUUUUUGUUUGCGCGCAGAAGCUGAAGGAGGGAGCGAGAGAGUGAGCGUAAAGGGAAGCCAACAUUGGAAUACCACAACGAUAUCGAUGGCCGUCUGCAUAAGGUCUCGGAGGUCGUAGACACCACUUAAACAACUAAAAGGAAACAAAAACACACACCGAAAAAAUAUAAGACGAGGCAAACAAGGAACCGACUCAAAAAUGUCCGGCAAUCAACAGCAGCAGCAGCAACACAACCAGCAGAAGACAUUAACCACAACAACACUAACAGCAGCAGCAGCAGCAGUAGCAGCAACAACAAACGGAACAACUACUUUGAACAAUAAUUUGAUAAAAACAAAUAGCGUUGACAAAAUUAUAAGCAAAACAGCGACGCAGGCAAUUAACAAGCAGCAGCAGCAGCAGCAGCAACAACAACCAAGACGCUCUUUGUUGCACCAACAGCAGCAGCAGCAACAGCAGCAGCAGCAACAGCAGCAGCAGCAACAGCAGCAACAAUCACAUCAAUUGCAAACUGUGGCCACAAUCCAUCAGCCACACAGCACGCAACAGCAGCAGCAGCAGCAACAUCAUCAUCAGACAUUGACUUCUCGCUUGCCCAUACAACAACAGCAAUCCACUAAAGAAUUGCCUAAUCUUGCAACACAUCAACAGCAGCAUCAGCAGCAUCAGCAGCAUCAGCGUCGCAGCUUCUACCAAUUGCAGCAGCAACAGCAACAACAGCAACAACAGCAGCAACAGCAACAGCAUUCCCUCCGCAGUCCGAACCUUAAGGCACCAGCACCCGCACACUCCAUACCACCGAGAUACCAGCCACCGCCACAGCCAGGCACGGGGAUACUGAAACCACAUUUGCCCAUCAAAUAUCCGCCGGAUAUACCCCAGCUAUCCAACAUCUACAUACCAGACUCGCUUAAGCAACGGCAACAGCAGCAACAGCAACAGCAGCAACAUCCACAGCAAACACGCUAUCUGCAACAUCCGGCGGUCAUAAAGGGAGGAGCACAGGAUAUGCUGAAAUUUGUACGCAAACCGGAACAGGAACAUCCAUCGCCCAAUGCCUCGGUCACGUCCAGCGGCACUGGUAUACCCACGGCCAAUGGGGCAGGUGGCCGCCUGACGGUGGAGCAGAAUCGCCAGCUGCAGUCGCUGGUGAAUGAGCUGCGCACACUCAAGGAGCAGAAUCAACGUCUGCUGGACGACAACCAGGAGCUGAGGGAUCUGUGCUGUUUCCUGGAUGACGAUCGACAGAAGGGACGCAAGUUGGCCAGGGAAUGGCAACGCUUUGGUCGUUACACGGCCAGUGUGAUGCGCCAGGAGGUGGCUGCCUAUCAGAACAAACUACGUCAGCUGGAUGACAAACAGCAAGAGCUAAUCACCGACAAUCUGGAGCUGAAGGAGCUCUGUCUGUACUUGGACGAGGAGCGUGCCCAUGUGGCUGCCAAUGCGCUGUGCGCCGGGUGCGGUGCGGCCACCAGGAAUGCCCUGCGCGACGAUGGCGAUGGCUCCAGUUCCAGCACCCAAGCGGAUGAGACCAUCACAGCCUUGCGGAACUAUGCUGAGCAGCGCCAACUCCCCCAGGAUCUACGUCAUGCCCACACGCUGAACGAUCAGACGCUUCAGUAUGUGCGCUCGCUGGAGCGACGCAUCCAGCAGCUGGAGGAGGAACGCACCACGCCCACACCCCAUCUGCAGCAGCAGCAGCAACAGCCCAUGCCCACGCCCACGCCCCUGGCUGGCACACCAACGCCCCAGCCAGCCACAGCCACAGCACCAGCCAAAUCAGCGCCUUCGCCCCAUCAGCAGGAGAUCAACAGCAGCCAGCAGCAGCAUCAGCAGCAGCAUCAGCAGCUGGCGGUGGCUGCAGCAGCGGCGGCAGCAGCAGCGGCCAUACAGCUGCCAGAACCGAUAGCCGGCCGUCCGGAGGCGGUGGUGCGGGCCCUCCAGGUGCUGGAGGUGCGAGAGCAGCUGGAACGCGACCGGCUGGGCAAUUUGGCAGGCAGUGCCCUCGAUCAGAUGGACGAUGGCGAGAAGGCGCUGGUGCGCGAGAUGUGCAACGUGGUCUGGCGCAAACUGGAGGGCAGUCCGCACGGACCCGCUGCCCUGGAGCCGCUCUAAGCACACAACCACACACAGAACCUAAACCGGGCUAACACUUAGAUAUUAAUGAACGUUUAAUCCUAACUUAUCCGUAAUAAUUUAAUCCUAAAAACAUUGUACAAAGUUCAAACCACAACCUAAGCUUAAGACCCGAGAGACCACAAAAAAGACGACCACAAAGGAAUACUCA